CUUGUGUUUUGUAUUGUUUUUGCUCUGUUGCUUUUGAAAAAAUAGUGAGAUGUUAGUUAGUCAAGCCCAGCUGCGCAUAGUCCUGCGCAUCACAUGUCACCCCUAUGAGCAGCAGCCGAAGCAGCUGCCUUCGUCUGCUUAGACCUGUCUCCCCGGUGGAGGUAAUUGCUCACCUAUUUCACAAAAAGAAGCCCCUUCAGAAUGCGUCAUUAUUAAGGAAUGUGCUAGAAGCUUCUGUCGUCAUACUUGUUCAAAACCACAUAUGACGUGCUGUCGGGGAAUCAAACUGCAGUCAUACGUUAAGUGACGGUUCAUUAGCGCCCAGCUAACGAGUGGAGAAACCUUUUUUGUUUUUAUUUUUUCAAUGAAGGAUUAUUUCACGUUUAUUUCACGUCAUUCUGAUCUGGCACACAGGGUGCUGAGAAACUCUCCUGUCCAGCCUUAUCUCACCCUCUGCUUAUUAGAAACAGCCAUUUCUCCGCCCUGUUUGGAGAGCACUUGUUUGCACCUCUGUUUACACCACGGUGGCCCUUCUGUAAGGAAAACAGCAUAUGUUUCAUGUCUUCAAGGCCACAUAUUGUUGGGUAGUUCCACCUGCAGCCUGCCCCCGAUUUUGUGAAGAGAGCAGAUAUAAAACCCCUCUCCCUCGUGGACCUGCAUGACGCUGCUUGUGUACGUUGCCGUGGACUGGAGAGGCAGACAUGUGGCCGGGGAGCGUGCUCAGGGCCAUGCUGGUCGUGCGCUGUGUACUGGCUGGUCUUCCACCCAGGCACAUGGAGGCAGACCCAGGAAUGGAGCAGCACCCAGAGCUGCAGCAUUCGAAGCCAGUGAAUCAGUUCCGUGUAACAGGAGAAGCAGACGGAGGAGCAGAUGGAGGGAUGCAGAAGAGCAAGGGGGAUGUGGGGCGCGUGUGGGCUCAUCCGUCUCGCUCGCCGGAAGGGGACCUGGCUGUAGAUUCAGUGAGAACCUCAACGUCUGCCCCUGAACACCCGCCCCUAUCAACCAGCACUGAUCAGGCAGCCGUCCUCAAGGAGCUGAGGGUCGCGUUUCUCAAAGGCUUGGGAAGAAAGGCUGAUCUGGGAUCUGAGGACAGGGUCCGUCUGGGGCUGUGUGCCGACCCGCAGGAACAGAGCAGUGCACAGAUCUUACCUCUCGUUCUGUUAGCCAAAAAGUUAUCAACAGAGCAAGAGAGAUCCAGGUUACACAUUUUACGCCCUGCUAAAGAGCUGUGGGAAGCGGAGGGACCUGAACCUUACAGGAGCAGGCUGGUCCUUCACUUCCAGCUGCCUCCUUCCCUGCACUCCCAGCUCUGCGGAGUCUCACCGGUUCUCCUCCUCCAUCUGUGGGGCUCGGUCGAAGGGAAGGGCCUGCGUGUCUCUUUUACGGGACACUCUCUCCAGCCUUACCGACAGACAGCAUGCCUGUCGACAGGGACACAGUUUAUUUUCCUUACUGGAAGACUGACAGAGAGUGAUGCCCAGAGUCACCCACUGUGGCGGGUUACCAUGGAAACAACCCAGGCUGAUAAUGGCUCCCAGCUGCCCGAGCUGCCAGGAAUCCUUCUGGGGGGGGGACAAGGACUCAACAGAACUCUGAGUCCCCUGCUGCUUCUCUACGCAGACAGGGGGGGGAAUGACAUGCCAGACAAGCUGGAUGCUCCUGAGAUCAGGGAACCGCUGGAGACACGCCCCCCAGAACCGCUGGAGACACGCCCCCCAGAACCGCUGGAGACACGCCCCCCACCCGUCUCUGAAACAUUCCUUUUCCUCUGCGAGCUGCAGGCAUUCCUGGGAGAGGCCCUGUCCCACGCGCUGCUGUCGCCUGCCCCCGUUCGCGCUGCCCCCGUCUCCCUAAACACCCUGCGCUCCCUGCCCUCUAUGACCCUGGGAUCGUCCUCCAGCGAGCCCCUCCUCCUAGGCCUUCUCACCUCCUCCACCCCCACGCUCUUCUCAUUCCCUCCCCAAACAUCCCAGCUCAGGGGCCACCGGGUGGAGCUGCCCAUGCAGCCCCAUCUGCUGACGGUCCUCAAAGAGCGGCUGGUGCAGGCCGCGGCCCAGAUCCGUUCAGAUGAGGUGAGGGGGCCCAAUGUGACGAAGCAGCUUCAGAGGCUGCAGAAGCUGAGCCAGCUUCCGGGGGAGGAGGAAGAACCGCCUGAGGGUGUGGGUAACUCCAGAGAAAGACAGUAUCGUGCUGUGCUGCUCCUCAAGGCUCUCCAGACAGUCCUGGGAGCAUGGGAGGGUGCAAGGGGGGAACGGGCAGCUCGUGGGGGUGAAGAAGAACACGGGAGGGGGGCAAAGUGCCGACUGCACCCCCUCACGGUGCCGGUGCUGGCACCCCUACUGAGCCCACCCACCCUCACCAUCAACAAUUGCCAGGGAUCCUGCAGCAUGCCCAUAUUUAAAGGCACGAACCACGCCAUGCUGCUGAACAGCUUUGGCAGUAAACAGCCCCUGGAGCGCACCCCCUGCUGCGUGCCCGAGGAGUACGAGGACCUGCAGGUGGCCGAGCUGGACUCCAACGGCACCCUCAUCCACUUCAAGCCCAACAUGGUGGCCAAAGAGUGUGGCUGUCGCUGAGACCAGCAAUGGGUCCUCAGUCCAGGUACAAAUGCUCAGAUGCUUAGCUCAUGAACCCAAUCCGGUUUGGGAAACACUGCUGUAUACCAUCCCUACAGAGCAUACAGCAUGUUACAUUAUACUGUUACAUUAUACUGUUGCAUUAUACUGUUGCUCACACUGUGUGCAUGUAACACCAGGGUUGCCAACUCUCAGUCAUCCGGUGUGACAAGCUUUCAGACUCUCAUGCAAGAAAUCUUAUGGCAAAUCUAUAAUAUUCCAUUACAAAAGCUAAAAUUAGCGACAUCACAAGCAUUGGGGUAAUGUGCAAACCCUACAGACUAUUUACAAGGCAAUAAAACUAUUGCAUACAUGUAAAUUCACGUGCAUGUGUGUGCAGAUUGGUGUUGAACUGAAAUUCUCACUUCAACCAGCUGAACAGAGUUGGCAAACCUGUAACACUUUCUAGGCAUCUGCGCUUGUAACUAGUUCAUGGGUUAUUCAAAGGUGUUUGCUUUUGUUAGCUGGUUCAUGGUGUCAUACUGUGGAUUGACAGUUAUCAUCUGUAUUUUGAAACAAAAAAAAUUUCUUUGACUCUAUGAAGAAAGAAUGAAUGAAAACAAACAAACAAACAAAAAAGACUGUUUUUGUAUUUAUUGUCUUUGUAAACAUCUCAAUGGAACAAGUUUUUUUUAGAAAUACAAUGUAUUCA